AUGGAGAGCAAGAGGGAGAAAGAAGAACCUUUACUGGCGCAUCUAAUCUACUCUGGGGGGAUAAAUAAGGAGAUGGCUGAAUUGUUAUGGAUACACUGCAGGCCAGAGUUGAUACAUGCCCAAAAUGCUCUAGAUCGUGAACUAUAUCUCCCAGAGCAAUGGUUAAGCUACAGUAAGGAACUUCUAAAUAUCAGGUCAUCGACCAAAGAAGAUCUCCAUAAAACUUUCAGUAUGUUGCAACCUCAAGUUAAGCAAAUCCUUUUGGAUUGUUUAACGGAGAAAAAACUUACAUUUCUUAUAUCUGGAGAAGAGAGAGGUGUCAAAAAUUGGUACACCAGGUAUUUGAGAUUCUUCUUUCCCAGGUCUGAUCCAUCUAGACGCCGUGAAUUAGUUCACACAUUUGGAGAAGCACCUGCUCCAUCCCCGAUGGUUUCAUCCCCUAAUCCAGCACCUUCAAUUCCAAUAACUCCUGAUGUUCAAAGUCCUGCUAGUCCUCCACUGCAUCCAUUUUUUCCUCCAUACUUCGGCUGGUCAAAACUGCCACCUACAGCUGGUGAACAAUCUACUGUUGAUCCAAAUUCUUCUUCGGGUGUACAAUCAGAAGAGAAAAAGAGCAACAAGAAAACCAUUGUCAUUGCGGUUGUUGUAACUGCUGGGGUGACGCUUGCCCUUUCUGUACUGCUCUUUUUAUGCUAUCGUAGGUUCUGUGGGACUGGCUCUGCACAGGGAAGAAACGAUGAAAGUCCUCUUCUUAGCCUAAGCUUAAGUGACUAUUCAAUUGCCUCUCCGCAGAAGUCUUUUGGUCUGGCAACUUCAAUAAAUGGAGAAAAGCUUGGUAAUCAGUCAUUUAGUAGCAAGCCAAACCACAACAAAAGCGGUCACAGUUUCUAUGUGCAGUCACAUUCUCUAAGUGAUUCAAAAGUUGAGCUUCCAGUUGGAACAACUGCUGGAGCUGCUGUAAACCCCACCAUGAAUUCAGCAGGUCUACCACCUGGAAUGUUGGGUACACCAGGACUGCCUCCACUGAAGCCACCACCUGGAAGCACAGGUCCUCCUAAGCCACCUGCAGGCAAUACAGCCGCUCCUGCAGCCCCAACCCCUGCGCCACCACCACCGCCUCUAAAUCCUUCAUUUGGUGGACCACCUCCUCCACCUCCUAUACCCUCUGGCAUCAAGACUGGUCCACGUCCACCACCUCUUCCACCUACUGGUGGCCCUCCACCAAGGCCUCCUUCCAUAGGCUCAAAGCCACUUCGACCUUCGCCACUUGGACAGAAUCAUCCAUCAACUGCUACUUCAACUGAUGGAGAGGCUGCUGGUUCUAAAGCUAAGCUGAAGCCUUUCUUCUGGGAUAAGGUUUUGGCCAACCCUGAUCAUUCAAUGGUUUGGCAUCAAAUCAAAUCAGGGUCCUUCCAGUUCAAUGAAGAGAUGAUAGAAACUCUAUUUGGCUAUACCCCUGUUGAGAAAAACAAGAAUGUAUUCAAGAAAGAGUCUUCAUCCCAAGAUCCGUCAACCCAUUAUAUCCAAAUAAUUGAUUCAAAGAAGUCACAGAAUUUAUCAAUUCUUCUCAAAGCAUUAAAUGUGACUACAGAAGAAGUUUGUGACGCACUUCGUGAAGGCAAUGAGCUUCCCUCAGAGCUUAUUCAGAAUUUGUUAAAGAUGGCUCCGACAUCUGACGAAGAAUUGAAGCUGAGGCUCUACAGUGGGGAGCUUUCUCAACUUGGGCCUGCAGACCGCUUUCUCAAAGUCUUAGUGGACAUUCCAUUUGCCUUUAAGAGGCUAGAAUCCUUGCUUUUUAUGUGCACUCUACAGGAGGAUACAGCAAUGGUAAAAGAGUCUUUUGCAAUCUUAGAGGCUGCUUGCACAGAACUCCGGAAAAGCAGGUUGUUUCUCAAACUCCUCGAGGCUGUUCUUAAAACUGGAAAUCGCAUGAAUGAUGGAACAUUCAGGGGUGGUGCACAAGCAUUUAAGCUUGAUACGCUUCUAAAAUUAUCUGAUGUAAAGGGAACAGAUGGAAAAACGACUCUUUUGCACUUUGUUGUUCAGGAGAUAAUCCGUUCAGAAGGUGUACGAGCUGCCCGGGCAGCCAAACAGAGCCAGAUCACAUCCAGCCUCAAAUCUGAUGAUCGACUUGAGGAUUCUUACCAAGAUUCAGACGAGCACUAUAGAAACAUUGGCCUGCAGGUUGUCUCAGGUCUGGGUGGUGAGCUUGAAAAUGUAAGGAGAGCUGCAAUAUUAGACGCUGAUGGCUUAGCAGGAAUCGUUUCAAAGCUUAGUCAGUCACUCGUAAAAUCCCGAGAUUUUUUAAAUUUGGAAAUGAAGAAUAUACCAGAAGAAAAUGGGUUUCACCAGACUUUAAAAAGUUUUGUGCAGAAUGCUGAGGUUGAUGUUACGUGGUUACUCGAGGAAGAGAGAAGAGUAAUGGCUCUCGUGAAGAGCACAGCAGAUUACUUUCAUGGAAAUGCUGGGAAGGAUGAGGGUUUACGAUUAUUUGUUAUUGUUCGGGAUUUUCUGAUAAUUUUAGAAAAGCUAUCAUGGAUAGACGGAUGGACAGUUCUAGUUCAGACGAUGACUCCUAGUAGUUUAAUCAGAACAGGUAGUGCAGAGAUUCCCGAAAAGGCCAAUACAGUGAUACAGUGUCGACUCUUUCCUUUGACUGCUAUUAAUGGCGCUUCUAGCUGCAAAGCUGACUGA